CACGAAAUCUAAUUAUCAUUUUUUCUCUCUAUUUUUUUUCUUAUUCCCUUCCCCUGCAAAAUGAAAAAAUUCUGUAAUGAAAAGUGUGAAGGAAAGACAAUUGCUUUUUUCAGUUGAGCAGAUGGGCUUAUCAAACAAAUGAAGACAAAGAACACAUAAUCGAGAGUGUGAUGGGAGAGGGAAGACAAAUUAUUUUUAAUGAUUCACGGCAACCACAUUUAUAUCCUAUUGUUACUACAGAAAAGAAUGUCUUCAGAUAACCCGUGGUCAACAGAUGAGGAUGAAAGCCAAUUAUCCCGACUAAUCAGGAAAUCUAGAGACUCCCCCUUUGUCCCUAUAGGUAUAGCAGGUUUUGUGACUGUGGUGUCCUAUGGUCUUUACAAAUUAAAGUAUAGAAGAGAUCAGAAAAUGUCACUUCAUCUUAUUCACAUGAGAGUUGCUGCCCAAGGAUUUGUUGUCGGAGCUGUGACUCUAGGUGUUCUCUACUCUAUGUAUAAGGAUCACAUUAGACCUAGAUUCUUCAAUGAGUCCAAAAAAUGAAGCUACAUGCUGGAAGCAAGAAAGACAAAAAGCUUCUGAAAACGAUUUAUUAUCAAGAGUAAAUUUUCAAUAUGCAGCAAAUUUUACUACAGAAGUAAGACAGAAUGCUCAUGUACUUCAAGUCUCAAUGUUUGAAGUUGAUUUCCAGAUCACUGAUCAUAAACAGUCAACUCAGAAAUAUCUCUUGUUGAUGUCUUUCAGAACGUAGGGCAUGAUUUUUCUGACUUAAUUUUUUAAAAUUUUUUAGUUAGUGGCAGAAAAUGAUCUGCCACUAAUCUGUCAAACUAAUGAUAGUCUGCCAAAGCAAUCUGAAAAUUAAUAGAUAUAUAGUAGUUACAGAGGACUUCUCUUUUCUUUUUUUUUAGAUGGAGUCUCAUUCUGUGGCCCAGGCUGGAGUGCAGUGGUAUGAUCUCAGCUCACUGCAACCUCCGCCUCCCAGGUUCAAGCAAUUCUCUGUCUCAGCCUCCUUAGUAGCUAGGAUUACAGGCACCCACCACCACGUGUGGCUAAAUUUUGUAUUUUUAGUAGAGACAGGGCUUCACCAUGUUGGCCAGACUGGUCUCGGACCUCUGACCUCAUGUGAUCCACCCACCCCGGCCUCCCAAAGUGCUGAGAUUAGAGGUGUAAACCACUGCACCUGGCCAUGGAAGACUUCUUUUCUUUUUUUUUUUUUUGAGACAGAGUUUUACUCUUGUUACCCACGCUGGAGUGCAAUGGCGUGAUCUCGGCUCACUGCAACCUCCGCCUCCUGGGUUCAAGCAAUCUCCUGCCUCAGCCUCUCGAGUAGCUGGGACUACAGGCAUGCGCCACCAUGCCAAGCUAAUUUUUGUAUUUUUAUUAGAGACGGGGUUUCACCUUGUUGACCAGAAUGGUCUCGAUCUCUUGACCUCGUGAUCCACCUGCCUUUGCCUCCCAAAGUGCUGGGAUUAUAGGCGUGAGCCACUGUGCCCGGCCAGACUUUUCUAUAUCUAUGUUAAAUGUGACAUCCUAUUCAUAACUUAAUUCUCCCCAAAUAGGUCAAAGUAAUUAAGGUUUCAUAAACUCCUUUUUAGAAUGGGUAAUUAUUACACCAGAGGAGAAUGGUCAUGUUGCUAUAUAAAGUUGUUCACCACUUUACAUCUCAUUCUUACAUAGAAAAUUGCCUAUUUUACCCCAAACACAUGUUUAACAUUUAAUUAUUUAUUCAUUUUUAGAUUUUCUUCAAAGUAUUCCUAGGAAUACAAAAGUGAACUACAAACAAAUUUCUUUUCCCUGAGAUGGCAAAAAGGAUUUAGAAGUGCUAUUGCUAAUGUGAUACGACACUGUAGAAAACACAGGAAAUCAAAGCAGAUGUUAAAGGUUAAGUAUGCCCGUGGCCUUGAACUCCUGUCUAACUGCCCUCAGGAUCUAAAAAAUCAUCUAGGGUUUUUUGAAGACAUAACUGCUUUAAGCUUAAUCCCAAAGAAUCCAAGCCUAGAAGAGAAAAAAAAAGUCACUGAAGUAAAAUCAAGAAUAUAUGCAAUAUAAGAUGAUUUCUGGUGGUGAUUUCCUUUUCCUCAGUGUUUCCUGCAAUGGAGGGUGACACUGACAAGAAGGUGAAGUCCGGUAUUUGUGGACAAGAAAAACAUGAAAAUGUCUGCAUUCUGGGUAUUAACUCAUUGUUUUGUGUAUUAUAUAAAUUUUUCUCCACUGGCACAGAUAAGUAUUUUAAAAGUUGUCAACAGCUGGGCACGGUGGCUCAUGCCUGUAAUCCCAGCACUUUGGGAGGCUGAAGUGGGUGGAUCACCUGAGGUCAAAAGUUCAAGACCUGCCUGACCAACAUGGAGAAACCUCAUCUCUACUAGAAAUACAAAAUUAGCCGGGCAUGAUGGCACAUGCCUGUAAUCCUAGCUACUCGGGAGGUUAAGGCAGGAGAAUCGCUUGAACCUGGGAGGUGUACGUUGUAGUGAGCUGAGAUCACACCAUGGUACUCCAGCCUGGGGACAGAACAAGACUCCAUCUCAAAUAAAUAAAUAAAUAAA